UCUCACACGCGCUCUAGGGAUGGCAUUGCCACACACAGCAGGGCAACACAACACAGCAGGAGAAUGCACACAGCAAACAUCCCAUCAGCUGUGCACCUUUCCAUUCAUCCUGACAGCAUCACUCACAGCUUCUGACCUCUGCAGCAUCAACACCUAUACAAGAAGAAGCUUAUAGCUGAAACUGAGAGCAGUAGCACAUCAGCAUCACAACAGUAGGAGGCGAGCAGAUCACAUCAUGCACUGGACUUUCCUUGCGUACUUAGAUCUGUUUCCUAAACCACACUCGGAAUCGACAGCUGUUUCUCAUCUCAAUCAGUAGUUGUUGCUUUUUACUGAUGCAUAAAUUCCUUUACACUAAAGUACUGCAAUUUUUCAUUUCUAUUCUAACUAUGUAAAGUUUCUAACUGUAUAGUGCAUAUAAAGUUAAAAUGAAAUAACUGGAUCAUGAAUUAGGAUUGUAUGAGAAGUUAGUUUCUCACUUUUUCGGGUAAGUUUACCAAACUGCCAUCGUAAUCUCGACUGUUGGAGUUGGACCCUGAUUCAUUCUAAUACAGAAUAUUCGACACAUUUCGGAUAGCCUACGGUAAUAGAUACAAUAAGAGCAUUCAUAUAUAUAUAUUGAAGAUCAAUAUGAAAUAAGUUUUGAGGGAGUAAGAUAAGCAACGUAAGAUAAGCUCCGAGCAAUCUGGAAAAUCAUUGGUCCAACAGAAACUUUUACGCGUAAAAGCGCACGGGACGCGCAAAGAGGCUGCGAGCAUCACCAUCAGUGCCAUCGUCACAAAUCAUCUAAAAUCGCCAGCUCUCUCCUUAGUUACCAGAAAACAAGACGCAGAAUGGCUCAUGAGCUUGUUUCUAUCACUCAUGGGAUUGUGCUGCUGUGAUUUGUCGGACCGGAGGGAAGGCUCUUGUCGCAGAUAUCCACACACACACUCUGCUGGUGCAGCAUCGCGGUGCGCGCUCGGGGAUGAUCAGGAUCUUCCCGGAUUUCAGUGUUCAGGUGACGGCGGCGGCAGGUGCGGGAGCCGGUGGAGGGAUGCCGGCUGCGUCCAGAGUCCCGGGAGCUACAAACGGGAACCCGCAAAACGUCCAAGGGUUGACCCCUUACCAACAAAGCGAGCCAUACUGGGAGAGGUCUCCUAAUGCCAGUUCCUGCUCCGCUACUAGGCCCAAGACACUCCACCUUGGAGGGCAACAACAUACCUCAUCGCCAUGGUUGCAGGCUCUGAGGAAGGAGAAGUCACGUGACGCCGCCCGCUCGCGCCGGGGAAAGGAAAACUUUGAGUUUUACGAGCUGGCGAAGAUGCUUCCUCUACCCGGUGCCAUCACCAGCCAACUGGACAAGGCGUCCAUCAUUCGCCUCACCAUCAGCUACCUUAAGAUGAGGGACUUCGCCAAUCAGGGAGACCCGCCGUGGAACCUGCGUAUCGAAGGACCGCCACCCAACACCUCAGUCAAAGCUAUCGGGUCCCAGCGGAGGCGGAGCCCCAGUGCCGUUGCCUCGGAGAUCUUUGAGCCUCACCUUGGCAGCCACAUCCUGCAGUCCCUGGACGGAUUUGUAUUUGCACUAAACAAGGAGGGAAGAUUUUUGUACAUCUCGGAGACGGUGUCCAUAUACCUGGGGCUUUCACAGGUAGAGCUGACGGGCAGCAGCGUGUUCGAUUACGUUCACCCGGGCGAUCACGUGGAGAUGGCCGAGCAGUUGGGUAUGAAGUUACCUCCGGGCAGAGGUCUGCUGUCCCAAAGCGCCGGGGCUGAGGAUGGGGCCAGCUCCGCUUCUUCUUCAUCUCAUUCUGAGACACCUGAGCCAGUGGAGUCCAGCAGCCCCAGUCUUCUGUCUCCAGAUAACACUCUAGAACGUUCCUUCUUCAUACGAAUGAAGUCCACGCUAACCAAGAGAGGCGUUCAUAUCAAGUCUUCUGGAUACAAGGUGAUCCACAUUACCGGCAGGUUAAGGAUAAGAAUGGCAUUAACACACAGUCGUUCCGUACCCAAUCAGAUCAUGGGUAUGGUCGUGGUCGCCCAUGCACUUCCUCCACCCACCAUCAACGAGGUUCGGAUCGACUGCCAGAUGUUCGUUACACGGGUCAACAUGGAUCUCAACAUUGUCUAUUGUGAAAACAGAAUCAGCGACUACAUGGACCUGACACCUGUCGACAUCGUAGGGAAGAGAUGUUAUCACUUCAUUCACGCAGAGGACGUGGAAGGCAUACGGCAAAGCCAUUUAGAUUUACUGAAUAAAGGUCAGUGUGUAACAAAGUAUUAUCGCUGGAUUCAGAAGAACGGAGGUUAUAUCUGGAUCCAGUCCAGCGCCACUAUUGCAAUCAAUGCCAAGAAUGCCAACGAAAAGAACAUAAUCUGGGUCAACUAUGUACUCAGUAAUCCAGAGUACAAAGACACACCCAUGGAUAUUGCACAGCUGCCCAGUCUGCCAGAGAAAGCAUCAGAGUCCUCGGAAACCUCAGAUUCUGAAUCAGAGUCAAAGGAGAAUUCUGAAGACAACGAAAACUCAAAGUCAGAUGGAAAGGGAAACCAGUCUUCCGAGAACAGCGAGGACCCCGAGUUGGACAGUAAGAAACAGACGGGCCGGCCGCCAGAGCAGGAGAUGAGGCGACAGGAGGAAGGAGACAGUUCCAGCAAUCCAGAAAGUCAAGACAGCGAAGACAGUCUGGAACCAUCCGACUGUGAAACUGACCACAAGGAAGGACACUUGGGUCGGUUGGGUGGCUUACACAUAAAGGUAGAACGCUAUGGUGACGGGGAGGUAGAAGAACUGCGGGACUCGCCCUCCUCUUCCUCUUCAGAAGAAGAAGAGGAUGAUGAUGAUGAGAUUUUACAAGAUUGCAACAGUGCAGGAGAGCUGAGUGGCCCAGCAAUGAGUAGACACCAGAAAAGAAAGAAGAGGAGGAAAAGGCAGAGAUGGGAUGGAAGUCGGAAGCGUCUGCAUCUGUCACCUUCGGCCACUGCCACUCCCAGCCCUGGCAGCAUGGACCCUACCCUCGGAGACCAGCCCCCACUUUUGCUCCCACCCUCCCCAACCAGCUCCUCUGUGCUCAAGAUCAAGACCGAGAUGUCGGAGCCAAUAAACUUUGACAACGACAGCAGCAUCUGGAACUACCCACCCAACCGAGAGAUCUCCCGCAACGAGUCCCCCUACAGCAUGACAAAACCCCACGACGCAUUCCCUUCCCCCCAAUCUGCCAGCCUGCAGGUGUCCAUUCCUGACUCUGUCCUCACUCCACCAGGUGCCGAGGGUGGAGGAGGCAGCAGAAAACCCAACUUCAAGGGCAACAGUAGCAGCACCAACAAUACCCCCUCCACUGUGUCCGGCGCAACCCCGGGAAGCCUAGCUCCUCCUUCCAGUUCCACCACAGCCGACCCCCUUUCCCCGCCUCUCUCGGCUUCACCGAGGGACAAGCAGCAGGGUACGCCCAACUCUUCCAGCUCCCUGCUCUACACCAGUGACCUGGAAGCCCUGCAAAGGUUACAAGCGGGUAACGUGGUGCUUCCGUUGGUGCACAGAGUCACAGGCACACUCGCCGCCACCAGCACGGCCUCCCCACGAGUCUACACCACUGGAACAAUCCGAUACGCCCCAGCAGACGUCAGUCUGGCCAUGCAGGGCAACCUCUUGCCUAACACCCACGCUGCUGUGAACUUUGUGGACGUCAAUGGGCCUGGUUUCGGCAUAGAUCCCAAAACCCCCAUGGAGAUGCUGUACCACCACGUGCAUCGGCUCAAUAUGUCCACCCCCUUCGGUGGUGGGGUCAGCGCAGCUGGGCUAACGCAGAUGCCCGCUGCUAAUGUCUUCACCACAGCCGAAGGACUCUUCUCCACACUUCCAUUCCCAGUCUACAGCAAUGGCAUCCAUAACACACAGACUCUGGAGCGCAAGGAGGAUUGAAGCAAAACAUCGAGACCAUAUUACUGUGUUCAACUGUGUUUUAAAGACUCUUCUGAGGCAAAAGACUGUGUAUUAAAUUUGGGGGAAAUGAGAUGUUCUAGCACUUUGAAUUUUGAGCAAUUGAGCUUGUCUAACCGAAAUGAAUGGUUUCUCUUCCUGUGUCUUUCUAUCUUUCUAUCUCUUCUACUUCCUUAUUCCUCUCUCUUACAAGUUCUUGAUGACAGUUUCUCAAAACAGACUCCUCUAUUGUAAAGAGUACCUUCAGAGCCACAGGGAAUUCAUAGCACUGUAUUGUAUGUUUUCUCUCCAAUGAGAUAUUUGUCUAGCGUAUGUAACAUCCUCAUUAGGAUGUUUCAAGGUACUUGAAAAGAUGAUUGACAAGAAAAGAAACCGUUCAUGUUUCUAACGGUAUCUUGAUGCGAUCAAGAUUGAUGUUGACAAAACGGAUGUUACCCUAUUUGAUGUAGUUCAAAUGGUUUUAAUGUUCUUUCUAAAGGGGGAAUAGUAUUUUAGAAUUGAUGCUUUUUCUUCUUUUCUUAUAGCUCCAACCUAACUUGCAAAUCAUGCGUUUUAAAAAAGCAAUUUUUGCCGGGUAUUGACCUGUGAAUAGAAUGUUACACAAAAUCCCAGGACAUGGAACAGGUCAUCGUGACAUUUUUCCAGUUCCAUCUUCUGUUUGCGGAUCCAUGGUGCUAUCAUUGAGUUACCCUCACUCAGCUGGCUGAUGCAGGUACUGUUCAGACAAAUGGCGGUCUCAAAGCAAGUCGAACCUCUAACAGACGCGUUACGUUUUGAUUGUUGUGUUCAUAAAUUUUGCUCAUUGCGUACCCAUGAACACGAGAGUGUACUUUUACUCAAUCUGAUUGAGUUGGAAAAGGGAUAUGGAAAAGGGUGAUUGUUUUUUUUACUUUCUAUCUCUCAGUGCAACUGAGGCUAAUUUUGCAUCACAAACUUCAAGAUGAAUGUUAAACUCCAGCAGGCUUUGGUCAGAGCUAUUCUUGAUUGUUUCGUUGGUUCAUUUUUGUUUGAAUGUUUACACUCCCUUUUUGCCCCAAUCCCUUACCCCUUAACUCUCUCUGAAAAAUCACAUAUCAAACGGAGAUUGUAAUAAGGACAUGCAUUCUCAAUCAAAAAAAAAAAUGUUUUGAAAAUCCACAUUCCUAAUUUUUAUCCACUGUUGCCAAAAAUGUUACUCUCACAGUUUGGUGUUAAAACACUGUGAUUUGAUGUUAAAAAAAAGUAAUAAAACGGAAGAAAACUGUCACUUCAUCCUUUGGCAGCCACCCAUCAAGUCAUCUAUUACGCAGCGUGAUAACUGUAAACUUGUACAAUGUGUAAGUGUCAUUGGCUGUCAGUCUCCAUAGCUACUUAAGUGUGUGUUAUUAUAUGCAGUAUAUACUGAGCUAAUGUAGCCGUUUUGUCCUUUGUCCUCUCUGUGCUAGUCUGGGUUUGGACGGGAAACUCGUUUUCCCUCUAGUGCCCCUGCAGUCUUAGUGAACCAGUGGAGGUUAGUGGAUUUUGUGUGGUGGCCUUCCAAUGUAGUGUCACCUUUUUUGCUGCUUACUUUUUGUAUGUAUUACUUUUUUCUGUUUCUGCUAUUGCUUUGCUGUUGUGUAGUCUAUGGGCCUCUCUCUCUUCUUCUCAGAGAUAAAAGACUCUAAACUAGCUCAAAGGUUUAAGGAGCCAUUUUUUGCCACUGAGGAAUUCUGGGAUUGCAGUUUCCAGCUCCGAAAUGAUGAGGAAUAAAAAUCCGACGUAGCAUUUACUAGACUGGAACCUUAAACGCCUCACAUGUGAAACAUUCCCAGAGUCCCUUGUGCUUCUCUUGUGCAUUGGGUGUAUUUCAUUGGUUUCCACCAAACCUGUUGACUUCAAGGACCCUGCAACUCACAGGAAAUUUAAAGAAAAAAUGUCGAUGGUAGUAUUUCAGGACAAUAAACGAUUUUAAAGAUUUCUAAAGAGAUGAAAAAAAUAUUUCGCACUAUAAAAUCUAUUUUUAUAGGUGUUUUGGAAAUGCAUGUUUACUAAGUUGAUCGUUUGGUUUACUUGAUUUCGUUCGGUCCGUCGAUGCUUUGUCGAUGUUUCGUGUUUUUUAGUCUGUCCAGCAAAGGAAGGAGGAAGCCUUCGUCUUUUUACCGGAAUCAGGCUUUCCCCCGACAUCAGGAAACUUGUGUCUGUGGUUUCUGUGAAGAUAACGUUGUUACUCAAACCCAGGUCAUGAUAAUAACAUGUUUUUAAAAACGACAUGACUCAUUGUUGGAAAGGUUGCAGGAGAGCGCUGCAAGUAACUGGGAUCUUAGAUUUUAGCAUUUUGUACGUAGAUCAGAAACAACUUUCGGGAUGGGGUUUGGGGGCAGCUCAAAAACAGACACAGUGGACCAGGAAAUACACCCAUAUGUUACUAACAGAACAGCCGGGCAAGCUGUCUCAAUGUAUCUGUGUUGUGUCAAAAUGAUUGCUGGUGAUUUAAUCUUAAACUAAUCUCAGCUGCUGUCAGAUAAAUAGUGUUUAAAAUUACAAUAUGAGAAAUCACUUCAUUACCUGUGAAGACUGUGUCUGUGUUUUUAACUAUUUCUUGUACAAUUAUACAGAUUCUUUUAUGAGGAACUUGGUGCCAAGUAGAAGAAUAUGGGAGAAUGGAAUUCUCUUAGUAUCAGUGUUAACAGUGUUAUAAAUUCUAAGUACGAAACAAAUUAAAAUAUUAAAAAGAGAAAACUAUGGUACAUUUUUAUUUUAUUUCCUUUUGGGUUAUUUUCGUUUUGUUUGUUUGUUUGUUUGUUUGUUUCAGAAAAAGACAAAAAACAUAACUAACUGAAGCUAACUUUGAGUGCCUGGCUUAUUGUUUUGAAAACACAUUUUUUUGUUCAUUUACCAUGAAUAAUGCUGCAAUUCAAAAAUGUACAUACUUCAUUUUACAACAGGGUUAUUUUAUACUUUUGUAGGUUUUCAUCAGUUAAAGCGACAUGUCAUACAUGGUUGUCUUUCUGUAACAGUUUUUUUACCAUCUUACAGGUGCCAUAUUCAUAAUAAACUUUUCUUGGAUUUGUUAC